GAUUGGUUCGUUACAAUGUCAAUCAUCAGCUGAGAGUAAAUUUGAUCUCCUGCUGGAUUGCCUCCUCUCCGGAUCUUUAACACGAAAGUAAAAAGGGAGCGAAAUAGGUAUCAAGAACAAAACAUGUCUUUUGAACUUUCCUAUCAAACAUUAAAAACUGCGAAUCAAGCGAGAGAAGCGGAAGAGAUUCGAACAGAGGCUCGCCGUAAGAAUCUCUUGAUUCUAAUUCUGCAUCACCUAACUGAAGAAGGUUAUAUAGACACAGCAAAUACUUUGGAACAAGAAACCAAUCUUGGAUUGCGACGAUUUGAAGUUUGUGAUAAUAUUGAUCUGGAAACGAUCUUAAUGGAGUAUGAAAGUUAUUAUUAUGUCAAAUUUCAGCGGUAUCCAAAGUUAACUAAGAAAUCAGCUGAUGAUGAAAAUGCAAAAUUACAGACACGAAAUGGAGGAAAACUAAAAAGGACAAUAAGCUCCAAUUCUAAGGCGCUCCCUAAAAUCUCCACAGUACAGCGCCCAAAUUCCAAAAUUGGAAUGAAAAAGACCGAGUUGAAACCUCAAAAACAGGAGAAUGGGCCAUCUACUCCCGAAACCUCAGAGUUUGGUUUGAACGUGUCCACCAUUAAAGUUGGAGAUGGACUUCAUCCCAGAGGGGGCCAGAUCAUUGAUUUACGUGGCAUGAUUCAAGAUGCUGUUAAAGAUUCAUCGAAUGAAAUAGCAGUAAACAGUCUGAAUUACAACCAAGACCCAUCAGAGAGAUUAAUAAAACCUCUGGGUGCCUUCAUAGGAACAACUGGUGAAAUGAGAGAUCUUGCUGUUGUUAUUAGCAGGGAUAUCUAUCUUCAUAAUCCAAAUGUGAGAUGGGAUGACAUUAUUGGAUUGGAGCCAGCCAAACGACUAGUUAAAGAGGCUGUUGUAUACCCUAUUAAGUAUCCUCAGCUCUUUACUGGAAUUCUGUCCCCCUGGAAAGGACUGUUACUUUAUGGGCCGCCAGGUACCGGAAAAACAUUGCUUGCAAAGGCUGUGGCCACCGAAUGUAACACAACCUUCUUCAACAUUUCAGCCUCUACCAUUGUCAGCAAAUGGAGGGGUGAUUCUGAGAAACUUGUCCGGGUGCUGUUUGAACUUGCUCGAUUUCAUGCUCCCUCCACCAUCUUCCUAGAUGAGUUGGAAUCAGUAAUGAGCCAGCGUGGUAGUGUUCCAGGAGGAGAACAUGAAGGAAGCCGACGGAUGAAGACCGAACUCCUGGUCCAAAUGGAUGGCUUGGCUCGAUCUGAUGAUCUUGUCUUUGUUUUGGCAGCUUCUAACAUGCCUUGGGAAUUGGACCAUGCAAUGUUACGGCGACUGGAGAAACGAAUUUUGGUAGAUCUUCCUUCCAAGGAAGCACGGCAGGCAAUGAUCUUGCACUGGCUGCCUCCUGUGAGCAACAGUGGUGGUGUAGAGCUUCGGACUGAACUGGAUUAUAGUUUACUAGGACAAGAAACUGAAGGCUACUCUGGUUCUGAUCUCAAGUUGGUUUGCAAAGAGGCAGCUAUGCGACCUGUGAGAAAAAUCUUUGAUGCAUUAGAAAAUCACCAAACAGGAAAAAGCAGUCUGCCUGUUUUUCAUCUGGAAACAAUCUCCACAAAUGAUGUUCUCGAUGUGAUAAUUCAUACCAAGCCGUCUGCUAAGGGUCUUGGUCAGAAAUACACUGCCUGGCAGCAUGAAUAUGAGUCUGUAUGAACUGAAGGAUGCAAGAAACAGUAACCUAGACUUGCUCAUUGUCCCUUUCAGACUGAAGGUGGACUUGUUAUGAACACCUUCCACUGCACUUUCAAAUUGAAACUGUUCUCUUUCAAAAGCACACUGGCGGCUAAUCAUUUGAAUGUUUGCAAGUUCUGCCAUGCUGGAAAGCCAAAGGGAGAAACUUUUCUGAAUGUUCUUCUAGAUCGAUGAGGACUAAAACUGUGAGAUCUAAAGUUGAAUUUUCAGACAACAGUCACCAAGAACAACACCCACAAGUGCAGCUCAGUGAUUUAAGAGUAUGUUGGUAAAGUCUUCACUGUGAAGAAUUUUACAAAGUACAGAGAUACAUCCAACAGAGAAAAAGAAUCCUUUUGUAAAGUUUUACUGGAGAGCAGACAACCAGCCAACACUCACGUCACAACUGUGAUAAGUCACUAGAUGCUAAUUUGAGGAAAAUUAAUAAAUUUUGGAUUUUUCUG